AUGUUCAGCGUUCUCUGCCUCGCACUCCUUCUCGCUCUUAGCACCAGUGCAGGUUAGUGCCCCCUUUCUGAUUGGUGUGUUUCCGGUGUGCUGACUUCUGUCCUACGAAUGUAUCGGCAUUCCGUUGACUGUGAGACCUGUACAUUUCGGCAUAGGGCUAACAAACGAGAUGCUGAAAGCAGCGUUUAUAAUCUUUCGCAUUUGUCUGCAUUCCAGUAUCGCAGGCAUUUAAAGUCAGGUUAGUGAGUAUAAGUCCAGCGUCGAAGAAGUGUGAUCCGGAGUAUUCGCCUUAACACUGACGAACGCUUCCCUUUCCCAGUUAACAGAAUAUGGAAUGACUCCUUCUAGAGCUCCUUGUAGUAUUUUCCCAACCCAUCUCAUUUCCCUACCUUAUCCCAUUAAGAGAUGCCUCAGAAACCAAUGACGGACAUUGGGGUUAAGCAUUUUGGUUCAGGUAUGGGGUCUAUGCAGCCUCCGGAAACUGUGAGGAUGGUCAAUUCAGACUCUUUAUCGUUGACUCCAAAACUGCCUGCCUUCCUUCCACGUGUAGUGUCUUAUCUAAGUUAUGCGUUUUUAACCUAAGUCUGUAUAUAAAUAUAACGCCCGGCUAUGCGUCUGCUGGCGGGGUUCGAGAGGGAGCUCCAAGACACAUCCUGACGAGUGAGUUCCGUUAUGUGAUCCGUGGGUGUCCCUUUACCAUCCUAUACAUAAACGUACAUAUAUAACAUAGGCAGCUCGCUAAGAGUGCAACAGACUAGACGCAGACAGCUGUUUAACGGUCGUUACCGAUCAUCAGUACGCCACAGGUCUUAUGAAGUGAGGUAUAUAAGCAUGUCAAGUGGGCGUUUGACCCUCACUGAUGUGGUUAGGAUCCCAUUCUGUCCGCCCGCCAGUUUGUUACUGGCGACAACGACAGUGAGGGUCAAACGUCCCUUUGACAUGCUUCUAUACUUCACUUCGUAAGGUAUAUGACGUACUAAUGAUCGGUAACGACCGUGAAACAGCUGUCUGUGUUUGGCCUGUUCUACUCUUAACGAGUUCACUAUGUGUCCUAUGUGGUAGGUGUCCUAUGACACAGCGUUCCUUGUCGCCAGUAGUAAGCUGGCUGGCGGACAGAAUGAGAUCAAGUGAGAUCCCAACCACAACAGUGAGGACCAAACGCCCACUUGACACGCAUAUAUGUAUAUAUAUGUAAUGGUUUUGAAAGCGUGCAUUCGUUUAAGUUUAUCGCCUGUAAAGUAUAUUUUCCGAUGCUGCCUGGUCGCGAGUUACGAUGUCAAUAACUGGUAAACGCAAAUUUUUCGCAGCAGAAUUCGGUCCGAAUAUUCGGACUUCGAAUCUGCUGCCAUUUUCAAUGUACUCUGGCCCACACUGACUUAAUUUGAGUAGUGUAAAGCUGUAAAUUGAUCACCCAUGUUCACCAACUGUUUUACUUGUAGCGGGCAACAAUGUCUGCACAUUGCCAGUCGAGCCCGGUCUAUGCAGAGGCUUCUUCCCCAGCUUCGCCUACGUUCCCGAGGUGAAUCGCUGCGAAAAAUUCAUCUACGGUGGCUGCGGUGGCAAUGGCAACCGCUUCGAAAGCCUUGAGGAGUGCCAGCGAACCUGCGGCGGCAAUAGUAAGUCUUGAUUCUACUUGUUGUCCUCUGGCCACUUAUUCUUUGGAAUUCUUACUGAGUGAAUUCUCAGCGAUCCUCUUCGACUAUGUUCAUUAUGUGCCCCACAAAAGUGGAGGGGGUAGAUGUGGGGGUGCAGGGACAGUGACUUUCAUGACUUGCGCAGGGCCCGCACAUUCUCUUCUCCCCAUCUACACAACCGGGUUCGAUGUCAAGAAAGAGUCAAGAGGACGGGUGGGGGCAGGAUUGGCCACGCCAGACAGUCCGUCUACGCGUGCCACGCACACGCACGAUCGGUGCACUGUGAACAAGUUUUCUACACAACCAGGGGUGGGGACGGAUGCGAUUCGCGCUCACUACAAGUGCCGCAGAGACCACAUCAUGUAGGAGUCCCUGCAGCUGCAUUCUCGCUCGCUCUCUCUCUUUCUCGUUUCUGAGAGGCGGAUUAAGCUAUUCCCACGGUUAGAAUUCUCGGAAGCCACGACUAUGAGCACUCUGGGAGAAAUUCAAUCACGUACGUAGCAAAAUGAUACCAUAGCUGCACCUCCAUGAGUACAGACCCAACUGAUGACAUUUCGUCUACAGCAGCUCUAUCGUGCGACAUAAUCCUAUAAUACUUCAUCUUUGCCGGGAUUUGGGCUUUCGAUUGCCUUUCUUUUCGACUACCCGAAAAAACUGCACCAUUUAAAACAAAGCACUGCUCAAAUGGUUUGCUUCUAUUAGAUUUUCGAUGCCCGUAUAAAUUUAGGUAUAUUGAAUAAUAUAGUGCUGCUUAUGGAUUUUAUAACAUAACCCACAUCCACUGCGGAGAAAGGAAUUUCUUGCUUUUAAAAAUGCUUCUAGUUAGUAGAUUUCGCAAAACGGUGGCAUAUACAUCCACAAAGCAUCCUGUCUGUACAUUUGUUGAAGCUGCUUUUAUAGUAGGCAACAUGGUCUACAUUAAUUGCGAGAUUUUAUGAGCCCCACAUGACAUCUUCUAGGCAUCCUUGAGAAAUAUACAAUCUUCCUUACACAGACAGUGUGAAGCAUGUAGUUUAGAAACUCUAGGCGAAAGGGCCACUGCUGGUAGGGUUUAAAAUUACUCGAGGGCAAAAAAAUAUUUUCAAAACCUAAAGACGCUUUUUUUCUAAGUAGAAAUCUUUCAGGAGUACGUGAUUUCCUGUAAAAUGGGUUUUAGAAAGGGUAGUUUUGCAAACGUCACCUGUAAGAUAUGUUUGAAUUUACGAGCACAUUAGAAAUCAGUAGUAAAUAUCAUACUAUUUAAGCAGUCAUUUUUACCUAAUCGAAGACAAAUCGUCUGUUAUAAAACCAAACUGACAGAGCACCACAGUCUGUACUGCAUCAGAUUUCCUUGACUUAUAAGCAAGCAAGGGAUGGUAGAUGCCCAAACUGGCCUUUUGAACUAGUAGUACGCGAAUUAACAUUGCACGGGUGGCACAUUCUCAACCCAUCAUGAUUUUCAGGUCGAGAGAAUCGUUGUGAGUUGCCCAUUGAGGCCGGAAACUGCCUCGCCUAUCUUCCUCAUUACGCCUUCGAUAGAAGAAAGCGCAAAUGUGUGCGCUUCAUCUACGGCGGUUGUGGAGGAAACGCCAACAGGUUUGCAACUCUGGAAGGAUGCAAGAGGGCCUGCGAAUAGGACUUCCGACUUCUGAAUAAAAGGGGAGGAAACUGUUAAAAUCGACUCUUUUUUGGAAUGAAUUUUGCUGUCUGCUCCUUAGUGUUUCCACUGACAUAGUUCGACAACCCAGAAAUACAACUCAAUGACACACUCAUUGUCUUCUCUCCUCUGAUGAUGGCAUCCUUUCUUGUCCGAUUCGAGUUAGAUGAUGAAUAUUCAUGCUCCUCGAGAUUGUUUACUAUGUCAAGCCCCGUGAGGGUUUGCUUUUCCGUACAUUUGCUAAAAACUCGAAUUCUUGAGGUAUUUUGCUAGCGACAGGAAUUCAAAACAAGCAUAAACAAUGCGAUUUAUUCUCACUAAAACAUUCACGAAGACUCCUCGGAUGUUUUCUGUCGUCGCAUCACAUGGAUAACGCAUAACGUAAGUGGACAGGGUUCCCUACCCUAUGAAACACGUUUGUCCAAUCUCGGACUUUUUCCACUCAGUUACAGACAGCUAAGAGGCGACCUUAUACAAACAUUCCGUAUACUGCGCGGCCACGACUGCUGUCUCCUACUUGCUGAUUUCUUGGAGUUAGCGACUACAACGAACCUCCGAGGUCAUCCACUUAAGCUACGCGUAACUGGCGCCAAGCUGGACAUUCGGAGGUCCUUCUUUUCAAACAGAGUGAUUGAGGCCUGGAAUGCUCUGCCUACAGAUGUAGUCAUGUCCACCUCCGUCGAGGCUUUUAAGCGCAAGUUGGACCAGUUUACCACCAAGCGUCAUAAUGCCACCUGA